AUGUCAAUCUGGGACGCCUUCACCGGCAGGAAAUCAUCCAGACAAAGUGCGGAGCCCCAGCAUGCAGAGCCUGCGCCGUCGGCUGGGGGCUUCGCGCAAGCACCCUCCUUCGAUCCUACCGCCCCAACAGAUGUAUCAUCGUUUCUCGGUAGCUCCUCUCUUCCAGAUGCAUCGAAACUCCAUCCUCUCGCCGGUUUGAACCAACAAACUCUGGACUACCUUACCUUAGACGAAUCGCAACUGUCACAGCUCCCGGGCUCCAGAUCAAUAUUACCUUCUCGCGGUUGGUCGGAUGAUUUGUGUUACGGGACAGGGCUCGUCUAUCUCACAGCUUUAACUACGGGAGGAGCAUGGGGUCUGAUAGAAGGUCUGAAUCGAACACCUGCGUCGGCGCCUCCCAAGCUACGGUUGAACAGCGUCUUGAACAGCAUCACCCGGCGAGGACCUUUCCUCGGGAACUCGGCUGGUGUGGUUGCGAUGAUGUACAACGGCAUCAACUCAACACUUGAUUAUUACAGAGGGAAGCAUGAUGCCACGAACAGUAUUUUGGCGGGCGCAUUCAGCGGCGCCAUCUUCAAAUGCACAAGAGGGCUGAAACCAAUGUUCAUUUCUGGCGGCAUUGUUGCCUCACUGGCGGGAACUUGGGCCUUAACCCGCAAAGUUCUCUUCGAGCCUCCUGAGGAGCAGGCUUCUACUACAGCAAGUCUUUAA